AUGGCCGACCUUCAGGCAUCCCAUCCCGAGAAAUCGAAGAAGAAGAAAAGCAAGCCUAAGGAUGAACCAGAGGAGAAACCCGAAAACGAUGCCGUUGACUACCUGAUAAAGCCGCAGAGCUACACUCCGGCCAUCGACACCUCCCAGUGGCCGAUUCUCCUCAAGAACUACGAAAAGCUCAAUGUACGAACCGGACAUUACACCCCUAUCCCCUCCGGUUACACCCCCCUGAAACGCCCCCUGGCCGAGUACAUCAAGUAUGGCAUCCUCAACCUCGACAAGCCGGCGAACCCCUCCUCGCACGAGGUUGUCGCCUGGAUCAAGCGCAUCCUUCGGGUCGAGAAAACUGGGCACUCGGGCACUCUCGACCCGAAGGUCACCGGCAACCUGAUCGUCUGCAUCGACCGAGCCACACGCCUGGUCAAGUCCCAGCAGGGCGCCGGAAAGGAGUACGUCUGCGUGGCCAGACUGCACUCAAAGGUCCCCGAGGUCUCGAAGGUAGCCCGAGCUCUCGAAACUCUAACAGGUGCGGUUUUCCAGCGUCCUCCUCUGAUUUCAGCUGUCAAAAGGCAGCUUAGGAUUAGAACUAUUUACGAAAGCAAGCUGCUUGAGUAUGAUGUCGAUAGACAUUUGGUUGUUUUCUGGAUCUCUUGUGAGGCCGGGACUUAUGUGAGGACUCUGUGUGUGCAUUUGGGGCUUUUACUGGGUGUGGGAGGGCAUAUGCAGGAGCUGAGGAGGGUUCGGUCCGGAAUUUUGGGGGAGAAGGAUAAUAUGGUCACAAUGCAUGAUGUGAUGGAUGGGCAAUGGGUGUAUGAUAACUACAGAGACGAGACGUAUCUGAGGAGAGUAAUUAUGCCCCUUGAGGUGCUUUUAACUAGUUACAAGAGGCUUGUUGUGAAAGAUUCUGCAGUUAAUGCCAUUUGUUACGGUGCUAAACUGAUGAUUCCUGGUUUACUGAGGUUCGAAAAUGAUAUCGAGGUUGGUGAAGAGGUUGUCCUGAUGACGACAAAGGGUGAGGCGAUUGCACUUGGAAUUGCCGAGAUGACGACAGCUGUCAUGGCCACGUGUGAUCACGGGACGGUGGCCAAGAUCAAGAGGGUUGUAAUGGACAGGGACACUUAUCCUCGUAAAUGGGGGCUUGGCCCGCGGGCUUCAAUGAAAAAGAAGCUGAUUGCUGAAGGGAAAUUGGGCAAGCACGGGAAGCCGAACGAGAGCACUCCGGCCGAGUGGAUGAGGAAUGUGGUUCUGCCAACUGGAGGUGAUACGGUGGUUGCCGGCCUAGCGGCAGCCACUGUGGAGCCUCAGCCGGCCUCUGAAGAUGGUGAGAAGAAGAAAAAGAAGAAGGGUGAGGAAGGGGGUGACGAGGGGCGUAAGCGUAAAUUAGACGAUGUGGAUGUUGGUAGUCCUUUGACAGAAAGUGAUGUUAAGAAGGCUAAAGUGAAAGGGGAGGAGAUGAAAGUAAAGGCUGAGAAUGUGGAGUUAGAAGAAUCUGAGAAAAAAGAGAAGAAAAAGAAGAAGAAGAAAAACAAGGAGGUUGCUGGUGAAGGUGAGGAUGAGAAGAAGGAUGAGACUGUGGUGGUGUCCAAUGAGGAGAAAUCCGAAAAGAAGAAAAAGAAGAAGAGCAAGAAGGAUAAGAAUGCCGAAAAUGGGGACUCUGGUGUCAAGCCUGAUGCUGAUGAUGAUGGAGCAAGCAAGAGUGAGAAGAAGAAAAAGAAGCACAAAGAUGCUGAGCAGGAGUGA